AUGGAAUCACCAAAAGGAUCAAUGCGUGAAACAUAUAAAAUUUUCUGCUCAAAGCAUCCUCUGAAAAAAUUGUCUAUGCCAAAGAGUGAUUUGGUAUGGUCCUAUUACGACAUAAACAGCAAGAAUGAAAACAUAGUGAUAUUUUUGCAUGGAAUAUGUGGGACAGCUGGAUGUUAUUUUUAUCAAUUAGAUGCAUUAGGAAAAUUAGGUUUUCGAGUUAUAUCAUUUCAAUAUCCAUGUUACAAUUACUUAAAGGACUGGAUUAAGAAUAUGUGUAAUAUAUUAGAAUAUUUAAAUAUCAAAAAAGCCCAUUUUUUUGCUUCAGAUUUAGGAGGAUAUUUAAUUCAGAUAUAUGCAAAAUUAUAUCCGUCAAAAGUCGAAUCAUUAAUUUUAUGCAAUUCGUAUAGAAGAACAGACGAUUUUGCAUCAGUUUCAGCGUUUAGGAAUGUGUAUGGGAAAUUAUAUAGUUUUUUACCACAUGUUUUAUUAAAAAAAAUAAUACUAGAAAAUUACAUAUAUGUAAAUUAUGUAAACAUAGAUUUAAAAGAAAAAAAUUCACUAGAAUUUAUGAGUAAUGAAAUUGACUUAAUAUCUUCAGCAGAUUUAGGAGGAAGAAUUGGUUUACAGUUAUCAGUAGAGACUGUUGACAGAAUACAUAUGAAUGAUGAAUGUAUUACAAUUUUGCAGACUUUAAAUAAUACCUAUUCAGAUAGUUUAAAUGAAGAUAUGAAAAAGGCAUAUCCUUUUGCGAAACACGCAAUUAUGAAAUCGGGUGGUUCUUUCCCAUAUCUAAGUAGAUAUGAAGAAGUGAAUAUGUACAUUUUGGUUCAUCUUAGAAAUAAUUGUAACGCUGUAUUUGUACAGGAGCAAAUAAAUAGUAUGAGUUAUAUGAACCAACUUAAAACUGAAGAGAUUGAUUUUGAGCAAUACACUGCUGGAAAAAAAAUUGGCAAGAAGAAUGAAGGCAAUGUUAAUAAGAUAAGUGAAGGAAUGUGCAAUAUUAACACCAUGAAUCAAUCCCACAUGAAUGCAUCUAGUUACGAUAUGUACAAAAAUAAUUAUCAUAAUAAGAACAAUUGCACGAAGGCGACGACCACAUUUUCUUAUAGGGAAAGACACAAAUCAGAUGAAGACAAAAAGCAAGUCGUACAUAGCAUGAGACAACAUAAAAAACAAACGGAUCGGGAAGAUAGUUUCAAUUUAUAUGAACAUGAGAACAAUAACAGCUAUGAAAAUCUCAGUAGAAAGGACACAUUUACUAGUGAGGAAACUGUUAACAACAAUGAGUACAUUAAUACAUCGUCAUGUGGAAAUUAUGGAGGACGAAGAUAUGGGAGUGAACAUGGUGGAAAACAUAGCGAUACACUUGGUGAGAAGUACAAUUCCUCUAAAGACACGCAUGAUGGUAGAAAAAAUCCCAAGUAUAACCAUCAGCGGGGAAACUUACAUUGCAAUCAAAAUCUGUACGAAGAACAAAAUGAAAGUUACAAAAAUGAAAACAAUCAUAAGAAUAAUGAGCUUCCACAGGAAACCAACUCGAAUAUUUUGGAAAUAAAUCAUAAUGAUGGUUAUUACAAAAAUAGCUAUCAGCAAGCGAGCAGGGACAUGACACGUGAAGAUGAUAUAUAUGGUACCCUUAAUAGUGAUUAUGCAUACACCAGUAAUGAAGACAUUCAAGUAAGUAAGGGAAAUAUACUUAACCCAGAGGAAUGUUACAAAAAGAAACCUAUAAAGUAUGUUGAUAAGUUAAAUGAAAAUAACGCACAAAAUAACCGUGUAAAUACUAAUAAGAAUGACAUUUUUUGCCAUUUUUAA